AUGUAAGAGUAGCAGUAAUGUUUAUCAAACAAGUCAGUAUCAACCACUACUAUUCCAGGUUAGACAAGCAUGUCAGCUUUGAGGCUUUAAAUAUUUCCAACUCCAUUUCUCACGUUGCCUUAACUAUUCUAUGUUCUUGGAUAUCCAAAGACCGAGGUAGCCCAACAUGACAAGUCCUGUCGUAAUAACAAUAAAGUUGGUGCCCAGUUAAGUAAACUCACACUAACUACACCGCUAUAAAGUUCAAUGCCAUGUUCAGGCAACUUUGUACCAAGAUUAUAUUAAACAAAAUACAGUGGCAGUCAUGGCAGUCCGCGUGCUUCUUGCAUUUUCUGUUCUUCUACUCUGCCUUGCAGAGGUUUCAUCUAAUGUCAAGACGGAACAAGAUAUAACCACCAUUGAUGAGGAGGCUUCCUUGCUUGUCAGAGGUGGAAACAGAAGGCUCAUGCAAGAGAUUGAUUGUGGAGGAUUGUGUAAGCAAAGAUGCAGCCUGCACUCAAGGCCAAACAGAUGUAACAGGGCGUGUGGGACUUGCUGCAUGAGGUGCAAGUGCGUGCCACCAGGGACUUCAGGGAACAGGGAGGUCUGUGGGACAUGCUACACUGGCAUGACCACCCAUGGAAAUGUCACCAAGUGCCCUUAGCUUCUUGCCUACAGUGACCUAAUAUUGCCUCAUCUGGGCCUAAAAUGUGAUUCAGCUUUAAGGAAAAAAAUUUGUUCGUUUGUGUAAUAUGUAUGUUUUGGUUCGGCCAAUGUAUCUGUCCGUAUAUCAAAUAAUGAGUCAAGUUUCAUUUAGUUGAUACGUUUUUUUUUUCUUUUUUUAUGAAAAAUAUUAAAUAGAAAAAAAUCAACCAAACAGAAUUUAAGUGUAUGCAUAAGCAAUCAGGGAUUAACAAACAGCAAUACUAAGUAUCGGUGUUAAAAUUGGUUUUGCACAUUUGGUUAAUUGGAAACUGAAACUCUUACCGAAAAUAGUAAAGAUAUGUUUGAUGGAUGAUGGAUUAGAUAGUACUAUAAUUAGUUUAUAUUUAAGCAUAGGAUUAUAAAGAGAAAUA